CUUGCUGGUCGGUGGUGCGGCUCUCCCCCGCCGCCGCGUGUGCCCUCCGCCGGUGCGUGUGCCCGGCGGCCCCGGUCGUCAUGGAGGCUGACCCGGCCGAGGAUCUGGACGAGGAGGAGCAGCUGGCGAGGCGCCAUCGCAAGGAGAAGAAGGAGUUGCAAGCAAAAAUUCAAAGCAUGAAGAAUGCUGUUCCCAAGAAUGACAAAAAGAGGAGGAAGCAACUCACCGAAGAUGUUGCUAAGUUGGAAAAAGAAAUGGAACAGAAACAUAGAGAGGAACUAGAGCAAUUGAAGCUGGCUUCUAAAGAGAAUGAGAUAGAUUCUAUUGCCGUUAACAUUUCACACCUGGUAAUUGAGAAUCAACCACCUCGGAUAUCAAAAGCACAAAAGAGACGGGAAAAAAAAGCUGCAUUGGAAAAGGAACGGGAAGAGAGGAUAGCCGAAGCUGAAAUUGAGAACUUAUCUGGCGCUAGACAUGUGGAAAAUGAGAAACUUACUGAAAUACUGGCAGCCAGGGAGCUGGAAAUGAAGCAGAUUCCGUCUGAUGGCCACUGUAUGUACAGAGCCAUCGAGGACCAGCUGAAAUCACAGGACUGCACCCUGACUGUGGCUAAGCUGAGAAGUCAAACUGCUGAGUACAUGCAGAGCCACGGGGACGACUUCUUGCCAUUUUUAACAAACCCCAAUACAGGAGACAUGUAUACACCAGAAGAGUUUGGAAAGUACUGUGAUGAUAUUGUAAACACAGCUGCAUGGGGAGGUCAGCUUGAGCUAAGAGCUCUGUCUCACAUUUUAAAAACACCAAUAGAGAUAAUACAGGCAGAUUCUCCUCCUAUUGUAGUGGGUGAAGAGUAUCCAAAAAAACCACUAAUACUUGUAUAUAUGAGGCAUGCAUACGGCUUAGGAGAACAUUAUAAUUCUGUUGCACAGUUGGUGAACACAGCUACUCAAAAUUGCAACUAGUUUGUAGUGUUAUACAAGUAUUUGUGUGCUGAUCUGAUAUUCCUAUCAAGUGCUAGAUUGUUGUCAGUGCUACUGAAAACACAACUACCUUAAGUCAGUUUUAAAAGUAAGUUUACUGACAGGCAUUUAGAAAUAUAUUUUUACCAGUGUCCACUUAGUGGUAUAUUUGCAAUUUCGUAAGUCUAAAAUUGAGAGCAUCCUUUGUUGACUAAGAUGGUACCUGUUCUGUGAUACUUUUAUUUAUAAGCAUCUUGGACAUUCUAUUCUUUUUAGGAAUAAAUUAUGUUUUAAAUUUUGUCUCCACUACUAAAAUUUUCCUAAGUAAUCAUUUCAAUGUAAUUUUCCUCAAAGAAGUAAAAUGACUCAGUCUCUGUCAUUGCUGUGAUGUAGUUUGAUGAUAGCAGAUGUAAUUGGGGCUCAGAAAGUGGAUGUUAUUGCUGAGUGUCAAUGGCUCACACCUGUAAUUGUAAUCUCAGGAGGCUGAGAUCUGAGGGUUGCAGUUCAGAGCCAGUCUG